AUGAAUAAGAGUUGGAUGUUUUUACUGAGACAAACUGAAGAGUAUAGAAAUGGUGUUCAAAGUUUCUUAUACUUUGCAUUUUCUAAUGCAAAUAUAAAUGGAAUGAUUUUAUAUCCAUGUAUACGGUGUAAGAUUGGCAUAUUUGUUUCAAGAGAUGUUGCCUUUGAUCAUUUGACGGUUGAUGGAUUUAUCAAAGGUUAUACUCAUUGGGUAGCUCAUGGAGAGAUAUCAUAUAAUACAUCUACAAACUCUACUUCUGUUCCAUCUCAAAAUUAUGCAAAUGAUAUGCAAGGUUUACUUUAUGAGGCAUUUGGGAUCUCAAACAAUGAUAAUAUAAUUAGCACAUCAGAAUUUGAAAAUGAUAACCAGAUUCCAAUGGGAGAGGCUGAGAAAUUCUAUAAAUUAAUUGAUGAUUCACAAAAAGAAUUAUAUCCAGGAUGCAAGAAAUUCUCAAAACUUACAUUCAUGAUUCGCUUGCUUCACUUAAAGUGUCUAGGAAAAAUUAAUAAUAAGAUUUUUGAUAUACUUUUAGAUUUGUUGAGAGAAGCAUUUCCUAAUGCAAUGGAUGAUUUGCCUAAGUCAUACUAUGAAGCAGAGAAAUUGAUGAAGCAAAUAGGACUUGGUUAUGAAAAGAUUGAUGCUUGCCCUAAUGAUUGCACUUUGUACUGGAGGUCGGAUAAAGAAAGAAUUCAAUGUGAAACAUGUAGUGAGCCCAGAUGGGAAACAUCCGAAAAUGAUUCUACCGGUGACAAGAGAAAAAUUUCACGUAAGGUUUUAUGGUAUUUUCCAAUAAAGCCUAGAUUACAACGUUUGUUCAUGUCAUCCAAAACAGCAUCCCAUAUGAGAUGGCAUUCUGAAUCUCGCACAAAGGAUGGUUACAUGCGACAUCCAGCUGACUCUCCAGCUUGGCAAACAUUUGAUCAUAAACACUCAAAAUUUGCAAAGGAUCCUAGGAACAUAAAACUUGGUUUAGCAUCAGAUGGAUUUAAUCCAUUCAAAAAUAUGAGUGUGGCACAUAGUACAUGGCCGGUCAUUUUAAUGCCAUAUAAUCUUCCACCAUGGAUGUGUAUGAAGCAACCAUACUUUAUGUUGUCAUUAUUGAUACCUGGCCUAUUUGCUCCAGAAAACAACAUCGACGUCUACUUGCAACCUCUUAUUGCAGAUUUAAAGGAUUAG